GCAGACAGAGGAAAGAAAGUCGUGAGGAGCAAAGCGCUCAUGGCAACUUUGGAAUCGAUUCUUCUCUGGAUGUAGUCUCCCUCAAACAACUUGCAGCAACUGUCCUUUAAAACUUCUCCACAUUAAAAGUGUCAACGUGUAAAUUAGUUCUCCCAGUCUACAAUGGACGAGGAUAACAACGUUAUGCCUGAUUUGAAGGAUAUAGAGACCAAAUUGGGUCUCAAGGUCCCGGAGAGCCUCGUCCGGUCUCUCGCUGCGGGGAAGCAUCCCGAGAAGUCUGCGGCACCGCACUCAGUUCACCGCGGACGGCAUGCUGACAAUGCAGACCUGAAACGACUGGAGAGCAAAAUGCUGUUCCUAAAACAAGAAAUGGAUCAUCUACGAGCCAUCGAUGUGAAGCUGAUGCAUCAGCUUAUGUCAAUCAACGAGGGCAUUGAGUCCAUCCGUUGGAUGAUAGAAGACAAAGGAGGCGUGGCCAGCCAAGAGGGCAGCAUGACGGGCAGCUUGUACAGCCUUUCAGACAGCCAGGACGGUACCUCACUGCGAGGCAGCUUCAACAGCUUGAAUGACGGCAAUAGUGACGGGCUGGAUAGUCUGUCUGUGGGUAGCUACUUGGACACUCUAGCAGAGGACCUCUCGGAUGACCCCUCACCUACAGAUCUUGACUGUUUUGUUGAUAAAACAGCUAUUGAUGGGGAUACCUUCAGCAAAUCACCACUGAAACUCCGUGUGGAAACAGAUGAAUACUACUGCUUUGGAUAAUGAUAAGCUAAACACAGUGGUUACAGAGACUGCUGAGAUACUAAGUGAAGAAAGAUUAAAAAUGUUUUCUUCACUUUGGCGAAUUUACACAGCUGAAUAUUUUACCCACAUGCCUUUUUUUUCGCCAAGACUUUCCACAAUGUCUUAGGAUACUUUUCACCUUAAAACCAGCAUCCUUAUGUUGUGGUUUGAAUACACCUCAUCAAACCUUGGCCACUUAAUGUCACACCACAUGCGAGUGAAAACAUCUUAACAGUUCCUUAUGUCUUAACAUUUACAGUUCAAUAGACUAAAAAAGGUGCUCUGAUAUGAUUUACACAUUGUAUUUAUUGUGGAGUUAUCAAAUACCUCGGCAGUUUAUUUUAAAAGAUAAAGUACUUCUUGGACUUAAAUUACUCAAGACAGGGAGAAUAAGAGUAACAACUUAAGCUGAACCACAAAUCUUCUUUAUCUGUGAAAAACGCAACUUUAGCUUUGUGUCAGGUUAACCCCAAUCGUCUGAUCUAAGUGAAGGAGUAGAUUAGGAUUUAGCAGCCAUUUGGAAAAUUGGACUUUUCAUGCUGAGUGAUUAAAGUGGGUAAACUAUUUAAAGGGGCAAAGUGGUAAGUUUAAGUGUUAAAAGCAAGUGCAAUUUGCUUCCAUGCCAAAUUCUGAGCUCAAACUUCUAUAAAUGUUAAACUUGUAAUUAUUUUUACUUAAAUGUUUUGACUGAUGGAAGUUCCUAAGCUGAAUCACAGUCGGCAAUAGUGGAAUUUACACAUAUACUAAAGAGAUUAGUUGCACAUUCAAAGCACAGAUGCUUGACUGAAAACCAAAGCAAUUUGAUUGUCUUAUAGAUCAUUUAGGCCCGAGGCAAAACCCUGUUAAUGCCCCGAUGGGAGAUUUGUUGACAGUGGACAUAUGGGGAACAAGUAUUUGCUUUGUGGGCACAUUUUAAUUCUCUGUUGUCAAAAACAGGUUUGAUGAUUUAGCUAAAAAACUUAAUGUGGAUUUGUCAUUUUUAUUUUUCACUGCCUGCAUUUUUAUUUUUUUAUUAUUGGUUGCUGUUCAUUUUGUUGUGGAAAUGAAAUAAUAUAUUGUGAUUUUUCUCCUAACAUUGUGUAAGUCUUUAAUGCAACAAAAACACAUACACAGUAACUGUUUAUCUCAAUCUUUCCACAAAACAAAACAAAAAAACAAUUCACCGACCCGGUUAUGGAACCAUAAUGAGAUGGGAAGUGAACAUUGUGGUGGUUUCUUUUUUUGGUAUAAUUAAUUUAGAAAUAAUCUCCUGACAAUGGAGUGUGAUUUUGUGCUGCCCUGUGUAAUGUGGCUUGGAAAAAUUACCCUUAUUAAUUCAAUUUGUUAUGCCAUGAUUCUAAAGUUGGCAAAUGGUUGCAUACUUGUGCCCUUUAAACCUCCCAAGAUACUAGCAGAGGAAUGCCACUUAGGAUAAUAUUCAUAAUGGCAUACCAAGUUUUAUAAUAGAUGUGGAAUCACGUAACCAAAAUUCUAAUGAGCGCCAUGCUUUGGCUGGUGUUAAAAUGAAAAGAACUCCGAUCGAGAAGGGCGACCAAAAUGAAUUGCCAGCCCUGCACAAUAUGUGAUGGUCUGCUAUAUUAUUUUCAUUUGUUAUGCAUCUCACUAGCUUCUUAUCUUUCAUGUGAUAAUUGAAGUUCCAGACAGACUAUACAGGGAAAGUCAUUAUAGGAAACAUGAGAAGCUUGGUCUCUUUGGCUUGCAAUUGAAUGAGUGGCCACGGGGCACAGUGCUUCAGUAGUCCUCAGACUGGGAUCUGACAGCAGGACUCGGCUUUGGAAAUGCUGCCGUGUUAGAUUAGUCAUCAUUUAUUCACUUUGUCCAAAGAGCUGUCUGAUGUUAGGAUCUCCUCUUAUUUGAAACUGGCAUUCAUGAUAUCAUGGAUGAAGGGUUUUGUUGAUGUUUUUCUGAAUGCGUGACAGUUGUCUUGCAUGAUACAAUAUGUACUUUUAGUGUUAAAUUAAUUCCAUACGGAUAUAAUCGCUUUAUCCAGGCACAUUAAGCGUGCUUGUAACUUUGUCUCACACCAAGUGCAAAGCAGCUUUAUUUGGUUUUAUGCUGCCUUUCCUUAUCUCUACCUCCCAGAGGCUUUGGCAAGCUUAAGCCUACCGUCUAGCUGAACCACACCGAGGCCACUAAACCAAAGAGCCUUGUGAAUGGCAGCGUGACCUCCUUGUAAGCAAUUCAAUUAAAAACCACAUAAAGUUAUCUCCACUUCUCUAAAUUUCACAUCUCAACAAAUGUAACCGUGUCAUGACAGUUAAGCAAAGUUAAUAUCCCUCAGGGGGGAAAUGUUGAGACUCGAGCUUGUGGCAUUGAAAUAAUUGGGAACACAGAACAGGUUCUGCAGGUUCAUGUUGUAAUAGGUCUAAGUCAAAAUUCCUCAGAGCUGCAUGGUACACUACACUUUAACAGAAGUUGCCUUUUGGGUUCUUCCUCUGCCUUUAUAAGUGUGCUUUUCCCACAUAAAAGGGAGAACCAUUUCACACUGCCUUUGUUGUGCAUAUGAGUUUUGUCUUUCAUUAAAUCAUCC